CGGGGGAGCAAGCAGAAUGUUGCAGUCAAGAAUACUGGGACGAUUAAAGGAUUGCGCUGAAAGGAAACAAAAACAUGUCAUAUUACCACCACAACUGCGUUGGUUGUAAUUUAGAGCCCUGUGCAAGUAAGAAUUGUACUUUUUGUUCAUAGUUCUUGUAUAUUUUACGAAAUAACGUCGAGAGUAGGCUUCAGUACAUCGACGAUGUACAACUUUCUAUUUGUACUCUAACGCAUCACAACGUGAGGCGUGCUGCACACAUGUUUCUGGAUUCUGAGUCAUGGGGAAGGCAAAAGAAUUGUCAAAGGAUCUGCGAGAAAAGCAGCGAGACAAUGGGACGAAUGAAAGGAAGGGGAGGGUCAGUGCGACGCUGGCGAUGUGGUAAGUCCAAGUCAAUCAUUACACACAAAGUACACGACUUUUUUGUCUUUGGCAGACUUUGGAAAGGCUGCUAAGGUGGCACAAAGAGCAGGCGGCCAUUGUUUUUGAAUCCUAAUUGCAUCUUUCACAGGCAAUUCCAUUAAGGCAACAAUGGCACGUCUUCUUUCUCUGUUCCGGCCCCAACCAUUUGUGACUCUGCUUGGGAACAGGAACAUGUCACUGGACUAUGGAGCACGCCAGGUGUUCGUCGCGGCGGUGGAGUCCGUGCAGCCGGACGUUGUGGCGUCAGGCUUGCAGCGUAAAAACGACUCAGUCUUCGUCGGAGGACACGAAUUCCCCCUCCAAAACAACGUGCACAUGGUGGGCUUUGGCAAAGCCGUGCUGGGCAUGGCCGCCGAGACGGAGAGGAUCGUGGAAGAUCACCUCGUGGGCGGAGUCAUCAGCGUGCCACACGGCAUUCAGCAGACCUUAAGGCAACACGGUAAAAAUCACCUGCUGGUAACAGGAAGUAGUCGCAUCAGAGUCAUGGAGGGCGCUCAACACAACCUGCCUGACUCUGACUCCAUGAAGGCGUCCGAGUGCAUCACCAAGUUGGCGAGUGAACUCACAGACAAAGACCUGCUGCUCGUUCUUAUCUCAGGUGGAGGUUCUGCACUGUUACCUGCACCCAUCCCUCCAAUAACGCUGCAGGAGAAGUUGGACGUCACUCGCAAACUGGCGGCCGCCGGCGCCACCAUUCAAGAGCUGAACACGGUGCGACGUGCCCUUUCCACCUUAAAAGGCGGAGGACUUGCACGAUGUGCUCAUCCUGCUCAGGUGCUCGGGUUGAUACUGUCUGACGUGAUAGGCGACCCACUGGACCUGAUAGCGAGCGGCCCCACAGUGGGGGGUCAGGUGUGUCGCGAGGACGUGCUGGCUGUUCUUCAGCGCUACAAGCUGCUGGACUCCGCACCGGCCUCCGUGAAGGACGUGCUGGGGAGACUGCCUCCGCUACAGGAAGUUAAAGGGGAGGAGGCGGGGCGUGUCCUCAACGCUGUGAUCGGCUCCAACAGCGUCGCCCUCCAGCGUGCGGCCCAUCGUGCGCAGGAAUUGGGUUUUAAUCCGGUGGUGCUUUCGCCGUGUGUGUGUGGCGAUGUGCGGUCGGUGUCCCAUCUGUACGGCCUCUUGGCUCGCUUCGCCUGCCCCCACCAGGAGCCUUCGUCUGAGAUCCUAGCCAAGGUGCUGAAGCUAGGACCCGAGGUGGGCGUGGACAGCGAGGACCUGCGCCGCACCAUGCAGAGCUUGGAGCGGCUUUCUUCACAGGCGGGGGGCGCCACAUGCGUGUUGGCGGGGGGCGAGCCCACCGUGCAGCUGACGGGUAAAGGCCGUGGAGGUCGGAACCAGGAGCUGGCAAUGAGAGUGGGGCUGGAGCUGAGAGGUUUCCAGGGUCCCGUCUUCCUGAGCGGCGGAACCGACGGUCAGGAUGGACCCACUGAGGCGGCGGGGGCCGUUACUGAUGGAGGGUUGCAUGAAGAGGCCGAGAGACAAGGCCUGGACAUCUCCAACUUCCUCCACAACAACGAUUCCUUCACUUUUUUUGAACGCCUCUCUGGGGGGCACAACUUACUGCGACCGGGGCUAACCUGCACCAACGUCAUGGACGUGCACGUCCUGAUUAUUCCACACUGACAUUCAUUUAACCGCACAAAAACGUCUGUUGAACUAUAUAACUUAUCAUUCAGUGCUGAAACAAAACACUUUUAAUAUUCAAGUGAAAACGAGUUAUGCUUUUUUCACUUUCAUAUUUUUGGCAGUGAUUGUGGAGUCCAUCCAUCCAUCCAUCCAUCCAUCCAUCCAUUUUCUACCGUUUGUCCCUUUCGGGGUCGCGGAAGGCACCUGCACUCGGGCAGAAGGCGGAGUAAACCCAGGACAAGUGGCCACCUCAUCACAGAUAGACAACCAUUCACACACUACACUGCAAAAAGUCAGUGUUCAAAAACAAGAAAAAAAAUAUCCAAAAAUGAGGGGUAUUUUAUUUGAACUAAGCAAAAUUAUCUGCCAAUAGAACAUGAAAAUUUGGCUUGUCAAGACUUUCCAAAACAAGUAAAAUGAGCUAACCUCAAUGAACCCGAAAAUACCUUAAAAUAAGUAUAUUCUCACUAAUAACAAGUGCACUUGGUAGAAAAAAAAAUACACCUUUUUGCUCAAUAUGUUAAAAAAUAUUCAUAAAUUAAGUAAAUGCUAGUGCCAUUAUCUUGAUAUGCGCUCGGCAUCAUGAUUUUUUUAUUUCAUGCUUGAAGUAAGAAAUUAUUACUUUAAAAAAGUAGUUUUAUACUUGUGAGUGUUGAUGAUACAGCUUUGCAACACUUGAUAUUCUAGUUUCAAGCAUGUUUAAAUCAAUAUAGGUCAUAACAUCUCAGCAACAAGCUGUAAUAUCUUACUGAGAUCAUUUAGGACCAAAACCCUUAAAACAAGUAAAACACUCUAACAUAAAAUCUGCUUAGUGAGAAGAAUUAUAUUAUCAGACAGAAAAUAAGCAAAUAUCACCCUUAUUUGAGAUAUUUAAUCUUACUUAGAUUUCAGUUUUUGCAGUGUAGGGCCAAUUUAGUGUUGCCAAUGAUUGUGAAGUCACGACUAAAUUAUUUUAAUAUUCUAAAAUGUCUUCAACAUAUUUUAUAGAGUAGACACUCUGUUUUUUUUACUUGAAGGACGAACAUUUAUUAUGGCUCCUGUUCAGUUAGCAGCAGCUAUGCAGAUGCAGAUUUGGGGCAGUAUAGCUCAGUUGGUAGAGUGGCCGUGCCAGCAACUUGAGGGUUCCAGGUUCGAUCCCCACCUCUGCCAUCCUAGUCACUGCCGUUGUGUCCUUGGGCAAGACACUUUACCCACCUGCUCCCAGUGCCACCCACACUGGUUUAAAAAUCUAACUUAGAUAUUAAUAAAGCGCUAUAUAAAUAUAAGGUAUAUACAGGUAUAUGUGAGCAUAUUUUAAAGGUGUAGACCAGGGGUGCCCAUUACAUCGAUGGCAAGCUACGGGUCGAUCGCGGAGGGUGUGUCAGUCGAUUGUUAACCAGGCAUUAAAAAAAUAGACCUAAAAAUUAGGGAUCAUCAAUCUUCAUCAAGAUGUCACUUUAUUGACUUUCAUGGCACCGAGGGUCUUCUGAGAUGACGCUGGCUGCUGCGAGCUCAUUAUUAAGAAACAAUGACCGACAGGAAGGCGAGAAACACUUUUUAUUUCAACACUCUCCGUCAAAACUCCACAGUUCCUGUCUUCACAAUAAAAGCGCUGCUUCAUCCUGCCUGCGCUAACAAAAAAUAAGAGUCUCAGAAAGCUACCGCGCACAAGCUAGCAAGCUACGGAGUUUGCCGCCAAUGUAGUCCUUGUAAAGUGUAUAAAAAGGAGUAUGGAAGCUGGACAAAUAAGAUGCCAAAAACCAACCACUUUCAUGUGGAAUUGGACAGAAAGGAAGACUUUUUUUCUCCUCCAUUUGAAAAUGUGGACAUUAUCAGCCCUACUGUCUGAUUCCAAUCAAUGCAAGUAAUCAGAAUCAGGUAAUACACCAACUUAUAUACUGUAUGUCAUACCAAAGACUAUAAAAAUGGGACCCAUAACCUCCCUGCUUGACACUCAGCAUCAAGGGUUGGAUUUGGGGGUUAAAUCACCAAAAAUGAUUCCCGGGCGCGGCCACCGCUGCUGCUCACUGCUCCCCUCACCUCCCAGGGGGUGAUCAAGGGUGAUGAGUCAAAUGCAGAGAAUAAUUUCACCACAUCUAGUGUGUGUGUGACAAUCAUUGGUACUUUAACUUUAUUAUGAUUGUGCCUUUACUACAGUACAUAUACACACAAUUACAGUAUGUAUAUAAAACAUUGAUGGAGGUUUUUAGAGGCUUUAUUACUUGGUGUAACUAAACAUUACCCUAUAAGAUGAAGGCAGUUGCAUUGUAUUGAUAUUUGAAAUGGAUUCAACGUUUAUAAAUGAAUAUUUAAAUAUACUAAAUGUAAAAAAGGGAAUAAAUAUUCAAAAUAAGAUCUAGUUUGGUUACGCCAUCAUGAGCGCAACACAAGGUUGUAAAAGUUUCAACUACAAUUCUAAAUAAGAUGUCAAAAGCAAACUGAAAUCAAAUACACGCAGCUUAAAGAUUGAUCAAUACCUAUUUACAUUUAGUAAUACAUAAAUAUGAUGAUUUAUCAAAAUAUAAAAGAAAUAUACCUGAACAGAUGGUUACACCAAAAAGUAACGCUAUGAAUCGUUUUUCCAAGUUUUUGGGGCAUUUUUAUUAGACAUGUCCGAUAAUAUUGGCCUGCCGAUAUUAUCGGCCGAUAAAUGUAAUGUCGGAAAUUAUCUGUAUCUUUUUUUUUUUUUUUCGGUAUCGUUUUUGUUGUUUUUUAGGAAAUAAGCGGUAGAAAAUGGAUGGGAUGGAUUAAAUCAACAUAAAAAACACAAGAUACACUUACAAUUACUGCACCAACCCAAAAAACCUCCCUCUCCUACUCAUUCACACAAAAGGGUUGUUUCUUUCUGUUAUUAAUAUUUCUGGUUCCUACAUUAUAUAUCAAUACAGUCUGCAAGGGAUACAGUCCGUAAGCACACAUGAUUGUGCGUGCUGCUGGUCCACUAAUAGUACUAACCUUUAACAGUUAAUUUUACUCAUUUUCAUUAAUUACUAGUUUCUAUGUAACUGUUUUUGUAUUGUUUUACUUUCUUUUUUAUUCAAGAAAAUGUUUUUAAUUUAUCUUAUUUUAUUUAAUAAUUAUUUUUAAAAAGGACCUUAUCUUCACCAUACCUGGUUGUCCAAAUUAGGCAUAAUAAUGUGUUAAUUCCACGACUGUAUAUAUCGGUAUCGGUUGAUAUCGGUAUCGGUAAUUAAGAGUUGGACAAUAUCGGAUAUCGGCAAAAAAGCCAUUAUCGGACAUCCCUAAUUUUUAUGCUAUUUCCAAGCAUCUCCUUUUUAUUAUCGUUGAUUUGAAAUGGUCAAACUAAUGCAUAUUAUAUAUGCAUGCCCUAGUAAAAAAAAAAAAAAGUCAUUUAUUUUGAUUGUUACAUUUUGAAGUACAUUUGUGCAAGUGGGUGCGAAUGUACCCAUUACCAGAGCUGUACAUGUGUAUUAUAAAUGUAUUUUUGUUGUUCAAUUAAAAAAAUAAAUUAAA